AUGAAGGAGUUUUAUGGACAUUUCUAUGUUGGUCGAGUACAUCCGACCGAGGCCAAUCAGCUGGUCGAUAUACUCCAGAAGGAAGGAGAGGCCCUAAAAGGGUAUAUUCAACAAUUCAUGCAAGCUGCUGUUGGGGCCAAGACGGUUGGGGAUGAAGGAAAGAUGAUGACUCCCACUGUUGGGGUACGACACCACUCAUUUCUUUGGCAUAGUUUACGAAAGAAUGGAGUCAAGUGCACUCAGGAAUUUCUAGAUCGAGCAGACAGGUACAUCAAGCUCAAGGAGGCCAUCGCUAAUGAAGGAAAGUCUCCUACAAAUGACCAGGGCAAGAAAGAAGAUCCCACCAAAGCCGCCAAUGGAUUAGAGAAAACCAAUAGCAACGGCAAAAAUAAUGGGAAGAAUGGGGGAAAAAGGGUGAACCAUAAGCUGACAAUGUCUGAUAACAAGUGCCUGAAACAGAAUAGAUACGAGCCCAGGUUCACCAAUUACACAGCCCUAGUCGAUAGCAAAGCAGAGGUGUGCCAGGCCAGUCACACUACUGUUCCCUUUAGGCAACCAACCCCAAUUAGGAAAGAUAUAAUCAAGAGAGACACAACCAAGUUUUGUCAUUUUCAUAACGACUAUAGCCACGACACCAUCGGGUGCAACCAGCUCAAGGAUGAGAUUGAGUUUCUUAUCAGACAAGGACAUCUAAGGAGGUAUGUCCUAGCGGCUGGAGGUUCUCAGCAAGGGGCUCAAGGAGGCAACGAGUAG